AAGCCUCCAUUAGAUCCUAGAUGUAGCAGCAACAGUGAAAUUGGUGCUGCUAUACUCAGGCAGCCCAUUCAUAGACUACAUGAUGAAACUCAGGUGACAUCCAUCUCACCUGUGGAAGUGCAGGUCCCAGUUCAGCUGUCUAUACCUACUACAUCUUCAAAUAGAUUUGAGAGGUUGGAAAUUGAGGGAGGUAAUUUGGUGGUGGAUUUAGACUAUGUUGUAACCAGUUGUGAUCAUAACCAUGGGGAGGCAAGUAAGUAA